AUGUCGAUCCUUGACAAGAAUUCAACCCAAACAAACCUUAAAUGCCUCUUGGAUUGCAUAACUCCAGCUAUACCAUCUCAAUUCUUAUCUAAGAGUGAGAUGAAGAAGCUGAAUAGGUUAUGGCAUCCAUGGGAAAGAGAAAAAGUAGAUUAUUUUACAUUAGGGGAUCUUUGGAAUUGUUAUGAUGAAUGGAGUGCGUAUGGGGUUGGAGUUCCAAUUAGUCUUGAUGAUGGCCAAAAUUUAAUCCAGUAUUUUGUGCCUUAUCUCUCUGGCAUACAAAUCUUCACCAGCAAUGGUUCUGUAAACAGUUUAAGGGAAGAAACUGAUUCCACAAGUGAGAUGAGGGAUUCGUUUAGUGACUCGUUCAGCGAUGAAAGCGAGAGUGAGAAGUUCUCUAGAUGGGAUGGAUGUUCCUCUGAGGAAGGAUUAUUCGAGCAAGAUGGUUUCUGGCACCCUAAAGAUAGGUUGGGUAAUCUUUACUUCCAGUACUUUGAGACAUCUUCUCCUUAUGGAAGAGUUCCUCUCUUGGACAAGAUCAGUGCCUUAGCUGAAAGAUACCCUAGAUUACUGUCAUUGAGAAGUGCAGAUCUUUCACCCGCUAGUUGGAUGGCAGUUGCUUGGUAUCCGAUUUAUCACAUUCCCAUGGGCAGAACCUCCAAGGACUUGAACACAAGCUUUCUCACAUACCACACCCUUUCUUCUUCUUUUCAAGACAUGGACAUUGAGGACGACACCGUGAGCGGUGAAGGGAAAAGCAAGGGAGGAGAAAGCAUCUCUCUCCCUCCAUUUGGUAUGGCCACCUACAAGAUGCGAGGUGAUGUGUGGGUCUCGGACAAGGAUGGGAGGGACCAAGAGAGGUUGGUAUCACUUUUGAGCGUGGCAGAUUCUUGGCUAAAGCAAUUAAACAUCCAGCACCAUGAUUUCAACUACUUCAUGGGAUUCGGAUACCGUCGCGUGAUUGACAUUCGAAGGGUCUUCCUAUUGAGUUUACAAGAUAUUGUUGUCUUAAGGGUUGUUACAUCGUGCAAACAUGACCUCAUACGGUGUAGUACCCGUGUGGAAAGACAAAUGGUCACUCAAAUAGUGAAAUCCCUUUGGUUUGAAGAGGAAACAAGCCGUCUCAAAUCGUUAUCGAUGCUAGCAAGAACCGGCCAAAGAAAACCUCUUCCCGCCUGCUAG